CGCUUCGGGGUGGUGGACCUGACGCAUGAGUCCUCAUCUGAAGAUGAAGCGGCUGACCUGUGACGACGAUGGUGUGAGCCAGCUUUACGGCCGCAGCAGCAACAAGCGGCCGCGGCUGUCGGGUCCGGAGGCCCUUGGUACCGGCCGCGCUGCGUUGGGCGCCCCCGCGGCGCGGUCAGCGCGAGGGCUAAUCGUGGACUCUGGACUUCAGAGCAGCGAGCACUUCGCGCAGGGAGGCAGCUGCAGCAGCAGCAGCGGGCUACUCGGCGCGGGGCUCAGGGGUAUUCGGCGCGUUGACCGGACCCCUGACCGCGUUGACGACUCCGUUGACCGCAGCGGAGACGUGAUUCUUGUGCGCGACAUGGCUGACGUGGAGGACAUCAGCGCGGAGGAGUUCAGGCUGUCGGUGUUUGGGCCGGUCCGCGCCGUGGGGACUGGAGGUGCGGCGGCGGCUGCAGCUGGCACCGCCGCCGCAUCUGGGUCAGGGCCGCUGGCGGCAGCGGCAGCGGCAUUUGCACGUGUGGCAGCAGCAGGGGCCGGGCCUGAGGACGCAGAUGAGGUGCUGAUUACGGCGACUGUGGGGCAGGUGUCGACACUGCUGGACCUGCCGCACAGCCGACCCGACUGCGCCGCACACCGCUUCCAGCGGCCGGGAGUGGGACUCGCAGCUGCAGCCAGCGCAGCAAAAGCCAAUACCGCGCACUGCCCGCAGUGCUUCUGCUACGUGUGCGACGUCAAGGCGUCGGAGUGCGCCUACUGGGGGACCGGCCCUGCCGCCGCCAACCACGCGCACGCCCACGGCGCUAGCAAAGAGUGGGCGCGGCUGCGGCUCCGCCUCCGCAGCCUGCCGCCGGCCGGACGCCAGUCGUUGCUCGCAGCCAUUGCCGCGCCGCGCAGGAGCGGCCGCCGCGCGGCGGCUGGCAGGGCCUCAACUCCUCCGGCGGCGGCAGCUACAUGGCCGGCGGCGGCAGCUACAGAGCCGGAGGCGGCAGCGGGUGGCGCGGCGGCGGAAGCGGAGGCGGUGGACGCUGGAGCGCCGUGACUGAGUUGGGUGGUUAGCCGUUCAUGGAGAACGAAGUGACUUCAUAACAAGCUUGGAGUGCCAACGUCCAGAGGAGGGAACAGCGGGUGCUUUACCCGGCGCGUGUAUGUAUGUGUGUGUGAUUUGGGAAGGUGAGCGGUGAGCAGGAACAGGAACCGUGGUUUUGUCUGAGGGUGCAGCUGCGGCGGCCGCCGGCUGGAUGUGUGAUGGGACAGGGUUCAAGGCAGGUUGGCGAGGGCCCGUAGGGUGCAGCUGAUGCCCAUACCCUCAAGCAGACGGCAGACAGUUUGCAGUGGCAGAGCAGAAGUGCAUGGCUGGUCGAACGCCGGAGUUACUGUACCGACAAGUUGCUGGAUGGAUGUGGCCGCAGCUUCGGGUGUAGCUAUAGCGAGGCAGAAGUGGCGGGCAAGCUGGCGGCAGCGGCGGAGACCCGGCAUCACGAGACCCACUUUCCCA